GGGCGGGGGCGGGGGCGCCUCAAGAUGGCUGCGUCCAGACAGCCGCUUUUCUGCCACGUGGAGUUCGGCGGGGCGGUGGCUGCCCGGGAGCCGCCGGAGGCCGCCCCCGAGGGGCUGGAGGCCGUGUUCCCCCGGGAGGUCGGGCUCUUCGCUGACGCCUUCCCCGAGGAGACCCGCUACGGCUUCUGCGGCCACGUGUUAACCAUCGCCCAGCACCACGGGGCCCGGCUCGGGGUGGCAGCGCCCGUCUGGGAGGCGUUAAGAGUCAGUGCAGGAGGAUCUGUCUCCCUUAUGCUUUUGUUUUCCUGUCCUGUCUAUCACCGGAUGGCCUCAUUCUCCACCUGUCCCUCUGCUCUUCUCAUCUCUGCGCCGAAGGCUCUAACUCUGUGUAAAUAUUUUGAGAAGCAGAAGCUCAACUUCUGGGGCAAGAAGGUGAUUGAGCUGGGCGCUGGGACAGGCAUCGUGGGCAUACUUGCCACUCUGCUUGGAGGAGAUGUAACCAUCACAGAUCUCCCUCUGGCUUUGGAGCAGAUACAGGAGAAUGUCCAUAGGAAUGUGCCUGCAGCGCAUUCGGCUCGGGCCAGAGUUUGUGCUCUGUCCUGGGGUCUGGACCACGAGGAGUUCCUGAGAGACUACGACUUCAUCCUGGGUGCAGACAUAGUUUACCUGAAAGACACGUACCCCUUACUAAUCAGGACCCUCCGGCACCUCUGUGGCCCUCAUUCAACCAUCUACCUGUCUUCCAAAAUGCGGCAGGAGCACAGCACGGCUAUGUUCUACGAGGCGCUGCUCCCGCUGCACUUCACUUCAGAACUGGCCUAUAGGGAUGAAAAUGAGAACAUUAACAUCUAUAGAGUCACCAGCAAGCAGAAUAGCUGAGGUUAGGGUGGACCUUUCUCCCUGGCUGGAAUGGUGUUGACUCUGCCUAGUUGAGAGUGCAGGGGGCCAGAUUCCUCCUUUCUGCCACCAAUAUGGACCCAAGAUGUCGUUAGCACCACCACCACCACCACAAACCACCUGGGGAGAGAAGCUGGGUUUUUAGCUUUUCCCCAGACCUGGGGACAGUUUCUUGCCAUCAGUGGAAGUUCUAAAGGCAAAGAUCUUUAAGAGGAUGGCUGUUUUAGACCCAUCCCUGGAACCCUGGCCUUCCAAGCCAAAAGGUCUUCUGCCACUGAAGCAGGCCAAGUGACUUGAAGCAACCACCAAGUGCAUUAAACUUCUCUUAAGAGACACCAUGGUGCCUUGUUCCUAUGAUUUGGCUAAAUAUAUUUUUUCAUAACUUUUCAUAUUUGAAUUAAAGGUGGAUUUCAUGUGUCACUCCUCGGGAAUUGUGGUGAAGGGGAAAAAAGAGUGAAACUGUAAAUGACUACAAACUAUUUUGUACACCGGCACCCUGUCUUGGGUAGGCUCUGGCCCCCUAGAUGGCAGUGCAGCUCUGCUUAUGUGCAGGCUGCAUACCUUCUCUCAAGAGGUAAUGAAGGCUCUCCCUUGGGUUUUAUUUAAGUAGAAAUGGAUGUGUGCAUGCCCAGCGUUGUAAAUGUUGCAGGUGCUAGAGGCUGCACUGCUGUGGGAACCACCCUUGGCCCCUGCCCCAGGCACAGCCACUUUCUGCGGAGGAGGGAGGGAGAGGCACUUCCUUGGCUUCUGAUCAGCGUGUCAGCAACCCAUGUGUACACCCUUCACUUUUACCCAGCAUAGGCUGUGACUAUACUGCUGGGUGCUUUCCAAGUGAUAAUACCUACCUUGUAACUACAUAGAAAUGUUCCCUUCCGAGAGAAAGCCUUGGGGCUCCAUUAAACAGGCAUGGCUGUAU